AUGAGGUCCCAGGAGCGCGGGGCCGAGCCCGACACCGAGUCGGUCGAGCUGGGCGAGGUGGGCGAAGAGCUGCGCCGGGCCUCCGUCUCCGCCUACCCCGAGCCGGACCGUGGCCGGCACGCCUGGCUGUUUUUGUGGAUGGGCUGCUUUCUGAUGAUCGCGCUGACCUGGGGCUUUCCGUUUUCCUAUGGCGUAUUCCAGAGCUACUACUCCACCCAACCCCCCUUUUCUAACCAUCCCGAGGGGCUGCCGGCGGUCGGCACGACGGCACUGGGCGUUAUAUACCUGUCGUCGCCCCCGACGUUCCUCGUCCUGCAACGCUACCAGAGGUACCGGCGCGCGGCGCUCAUCGUCGGGGCAGUGACGACGUGCCUGGCCGUGCUCGCCUCCGCGUUCGCUUCCGAGGUCUGGCACCUCCUGCUAACGCAGGGCGUCCUGUACGGGCUGGGCGCGAGCGUCGCGAACACGGUGACGAUCCAGUUCCUUAACGAGUGGUUCGUCGAGCGCAAGGGGCUCGCGUUCGGCAUCCAGGAGAGCGGCGCCGGCAUGGGCGGCGUCAUCAUCCCUGUCCUCAUGACUUGGGGCCUGGAGAAGUACGGGCACCGCACGAUGCUGGUCGCCUGGUUCGUCGCCAUCUCCCUCUUGUCCGUGCCGUCGAUUUACUUCCUCCGCCCCCGCGUCGUGCCCUCCGUCGACGCCGCGGCCGGCGGACUCGGCACCCUAGGCUUCCUAGCCACGCCAAUCUUCGCUGUCCUCCAAGCGGGUAACGUUUUCCAAGCGCUGGGGAACUUCUUGCCCGGCAUACAUCUCCCAUCGUUCGCCCAGAGCUUCGGCGCGUCCCCCCUGGACGCCGCGGGAAUGCUGUCGCUGUAUAACGCGGCCACGGUGAUCGGCGCCAUCUGCACCGGCUACUUGGUGGAUCGCUUCCACGUUUCCGUGUCGCUGUUUCUCCUGUCGCUGGGUGCCGCCGCCGCCGUCUUCCUGGCCUGGGGGUUCGCGGCCGACUUUAGCGCUCUCUGCGCCUUCGCGUUUCUCUACGGCGUGUUCGCCGGAGGCUGGAGCUCGACGUGGGUCGGCAUCGGCCUAGAAGUGCAGAAACGCAGUCCCCGCGCCGAUCUCGGCCUGCUAUGGGGGUUCGCAGCCGCGGCGAGGGGUGUCGGCAGCAUCGCCAGCGGCCCUAUAAGCGAGAGGCUCAUAGCCGACGGGCUCGGCAAGACCGCCUGGUGGCCGAAGAGCUACGGAACGAGCUACGGAAUCCUGAUACUCUUCAACGGCAUCAUGCUCGCCUUGGGCGGCGUCGGCUGUGCCGCCCGGGUCUACGAAACCGUGAAGAGGAUCAGCCACCGACACGACGAGUAG